AUGCCCCCACCGACAGCAGCUGAUUCGUGGCUCACUGCACGCCGCUUCGGUAUCGUCAUAGAUGCAGGCUCGUCCGGCUCGCGUCUGCAAAUCUACAGCUGGAGAGACCCGCGCGUUGCGAGAGAUGAAGGGGGGCAGAAGGUGGCCUAUAACCUCCCAAAGGUUGAGAAGGGAACCCAGGAUGCAGACGAAUGGGUAAGUAAAGUGGAACCCGGCCUCUCUUCAUUUGCUGAGAACCCCGAUGGGGUAGCAUCCUAUCUCAGGCCGCUGCUCGAACACGCACGUUCUCAUAUCCCGCCGUCACUUCACUCCGAGACGCCCCUCUUUCUCCUCGCCACUGCGGGCAUGCGUCUCCUUUCACCGGAGCAUCAGGCUUCUGUACUGCAGUCAACAUGUCAAUUUCUAAAAUUUCACUCCGAAUUUCGCAUUGACGACCCGUCUGUCGUGGGUCCUUGUGGCUCAAGCGUUCGCAUCAUCACGGGAGAGGAGGAGGGACUGUUUGGAUGGAUUGCGGUCAACUACCUGAUGGAUGGCUUCGGUCGUUCCGACGAUGAUCGCACUACCUAUGGCUUCCUUGACAUGGGAGGUGCCUCGACUCAGAUCGCAUUCGAACCUAGCCCAGAGGAGCGGGAGAAGGCCGGUAAUCUCAUAGACGUGCGACUACGGCUGCUCGGAGGAGAGGAGAUUCGCCAUUCGGUCUUUGUCACUACCUGGCUUGGAUACGGCACAAACCAGGCCCGCGAACGAUAUGUUGCGCAAGCUAUCGACGCCUAUGAAAUGACGAGACCCACUCCGUCACACGGCGAACCUUCUGACGUUGAACUCAUUGAGGAUCCUUGUCUUCCGAAGGACCUGACACUGACAGAACAGCCAAUCCACGUCGGUCCUUCCACUUCUCACACCCGCAAACCUCACACUCUGGUUGGCACUGGCUCGUUCAGUCAGUGCCUGAGCGAAGUUACCCCAUUGCUCAACAAGACGGUUCCUUGUCCCGAUUCUCCGUGCUUGUUCAAUGGCGUCCACGUUCCUCCUAUCGACUUCUCUGUCUCACAUUUCAUAGGAGUCUCCGAGUAUUGGUACUCCUCCGAGCAUAUUUUUGGCUUGGGUGGAGCAUACGACUUCGUCCAAUACGAGCGGGCCGCCCAGGAGUACUGUGGCAAACCUUGGUCAGAGGUUCUGCGAAUGCACGAGGAGUCGAAGGAGAAGGGACAUCUUGGGGGUGACGGAGAGGUACAAGAGAAGGGAGAGGUCGUCGGCUUGGACAAGUGGGGUGACAAGGUUGAGAUCUCGCGGCUUGAGAUGCAAUGUUUCAAAGCCGCGUGGAUCGUUAACGUCCUCCACGAUGGUCUCGGCAUGCCUCGCAUCGUAGAUCCUGGUGGCAAUCACUCGACACACGGUGACGAUCUGAAGAAGCAGGCGGAACAGAAGGGCUUAGGGCGGCCGACUUUCCAGUCCAUGGACACAGUCGGCGACAUUGCGAUAAGCUGGACACUUGGCAAGAUGGUGCUCGAGGCAAGCAGAGAGGUGCCGCCU